UUUGGGCCAAGCACCAGCCUUCGCUUUAACCCUUUGGAGUGUGAACGGAGCACAGCUGAGAGCAGGAUGCCUGAGGGCCCAGAGCUCCACUUGGCCAGCUGCUAUGUGAACACCAUGUGCAAGGAUCUGGUGUUUGCGGGGCGAGUGGAGAAGUCUGUGGUGAGCAGAAACCCCGAGGUACCCUUUGAGAGCAGCGCCUACCGAAUCACGGCCACCUCUCGAGGCAAGGAGGUCCGGCUGACGCUGAGCCCACUGCCGGGGGCCCACCCCCCACAGGCACCCCUGGACCUCGUGUUCCGCUUUGGCAUGUCGGGCUCCUUUCAGCUGGUCCCUGCGGAUGCCCCGCCCAAGCAUGCCCACCUGCGCUUCUACACAAUCUCUCCUCUGCCCAGCCGAGCCCUCUGCUUUGUGGACAUCCGGCGCUUUGGCCACUGGGAGGUCCAGGGCACCUGGCAGCCUGGGCGAGGCCCCUGCAUUCUAAUGGAGUAUGAGAAGUUCAGGGAGAACGUGCUCCAGAACUUGACUGACAAGGCCUUUGACAAGCCCAUUUGUGAAGCUCUCCUGGACCAGAAAUUCUUCAAUGGCAUUGGCAACUACCUUCGGGCAGAGAUUCUUCACCGGCUGAAGAUCCCUCCCUUUGAGAAGGCCCGAACUGUCCUGGAGGCACUGAAGCAUCGGAAGCUGAACCCAGAACUGACCUUGAGCAAGAAGGUCAAAGCAAAACUAGAGAACCCAGACUUGCUGGAGCUGUGCCACUUGGUACCCAUGGAGGUGAUCCGAUUAGGGGGUAAAGGUUAUGGGCCCAACAGGGAGGAUGACUUUUCAACUUUCCGGGCAUGGCUGCGCUGCUACUCUGUGUCUGGUAUGAGCUGCCUCCGGGACAGGUGUGGAAGGACCAUUUGGUUCCAGGGAGAUCCUGGCCCUCUGGCCCCCAAAGGAGGGAAAUCCCGUAAGAAGCAUGUGAAGGAAAAAUCCAUCCCUGAUGUUACCGAUUUAGAGGACCCUAUGUCUACGCCAAAGAAGAAAGGCCCCACCAGAGCAAGGAAACCAGGCAAGAAGUCACAGAAGGGGUCUCUUGACCCAGAAGCCAAGGGAAAUGUGGAAUCAACCAGAGGCCGCAAAUCCCAGCACCGAUUGAAGAGUUCUGCUGCAGCAUCCCCAGAGAAUGAUCUAGGAGUUCCAGAUGGAAAAAAGCAGCUGGUGACCCAAGUACAAACAGCAGGCAGAGCCAGGAAAGGGAAAGUGAAUUCCAAGGCCAGGCUCCCUCCACCUUCUUCCCUGCCUCCGUAGCACAAGGGGGCUGGUGCCUUGGGCCUGUCUCCUCCUUGAGAUCUUUCUGCCCCAAGGUGGGAAAGGGCCCCCUGAGUUCUCCUGUUCCACCCAAUGCUAGGGAUGGGAAUGUGGCCACGGCAGGAUCAGGGCAGCCAGAAGACCCUGGCACAAGCUGUGUGCUUCAAAUUUUAGAGCAUCCAAUGCUUUUCAUAUGAUGCACAAUCCCGCCCAAAAGGCUCAAUAAUUGAUUUCUGAAAAUGAAUCAUUUCCACAGCUGAGAGCAGUAGGUUGCUGUCAGGUGAGGCAGGAAAAGCUUAGCACCUAGAGCCCCUGGACCGUCAGUUCCUCUCCUUCAUGACAGUCCCUCUGCCCCACCCCAUCCCAAGGUGGGAAGGAUGUGCAGAUGCCUUUCACCCCUCUCCUUUCUCUCCCACCCCAAUCACGUAUCCCAGGUCCUCGUCCUCUGCCUCUCACACCUACUGCUCCUUCCCCAGCAGGGCUGGGAAUCCAGGAUCAUUUAAGAAUUCUUGAACCAGUUUGGGAGAUGCUAUAUUUUUUAUACUGACAAUAAAAUCUGACUAGAAACCCUAAGCCCUUCAUUACCA